UCUCUCUCAGAUCAAUCACAUAUGCUGCUGAUGCUGCUUUGUAAACUUGGAGACGUCAAGAAAGGCGGUGCUCCACUUGAGCAGAGAGGGGUCAUAUAUCCUAUACAGCGGUACUCCUCAACCAGGGAGAAGCUCUGCCUGCCUGCCACUCACUCAGUCCCUCCUGGAAAACACUGGCAGGAGUUUAACAGCGCUCAGGAGCAUGGAAGUAACCAAAGGAGAGGACCGCUCGGCUGAACAGGCUGCGUCUUUGUUUGGGACACCAGAGCUGGAGAGUCAAAGGACCAACCCUGAACGGGGAAGGAAGAAGAAUAACCACUGUAAAAUCAUUACUGGGGUUCUGCUGCUGUGCUUAUUGGUGGUCAUCUUGGCUGUGGUUUUGUCUCUGAGAAAGAAAAGUGAUGGGAAAGCAAACGGUGAGCUCUGGCUGCAGAUGGCAUACGAGGAAAUUCAACUGUCACAAUGUCCACCUGGUUUCUCCAGGCCUCCUCUCAUCCUGGUGUCCUUGGACGGUUUCAGGGCUAAGUACCUGAAAGAUCACAGCAGCCACCUUCGUGUCAUCAACAAGUUACGUAACCAUGGGACAACAACGCCGUACAUAAGGCCUGUUUAUCCAACAAAGACCUUUCCCAACCACUACAGCAUUGUGACUGGUCUUUAUCCAGAGUCUCAUGGGAUUGUGGACAACAAGAUGUACGAUGUGAGCGAAAACACUUUCUUCAGCUUGAAAACUAAUGAGAAAUUUAACCCAAAAUGGUAUCAAGGAGAGCCGGUCUGGAUCACUGCCAUGCGUCAGAAACUGAAAGCAGGAACCUUUUUCUGGCCUGGCUCAGAUGUAAAAAUCAAUGGCACCUUCCCAGACUUCUACAAGUUGUAUGACAAGAGUAUUAAAUUUGAGCAGAGAGUGUCGACGCUGUUUGAAUGGCUCAGUUUACCUCAGGGAGAAAGACCUGACUUUUACACUUUGUACCUGGACGAACCUGACUCAUCUGGACAUCGUUAUGGGCCAGCGAGCAGCCAGGUCGUUCAGGCCUUGGAAAAUGUAGACAGGAUUUUGGGCAUGCUGAUGGAUGGCCUGACACAGAAAAACCUGCACCGCUGUGUCAACAUUAUAAUCAUAUCAGACCACGGCAUGGAGGAGGCUUCAUGUGAAAAGGCAGCAUAUGUGUCAACCUACCUGAACGAAACUGAUGGCUUUUCUGUCAUCCAAGGCCCGGCUGCUCGCAUCAGACCCAGACGCCUCCCAGAGGAUUUCUUUUCCUUCGACUAUGAGGGCCUGAUAAAGAAACUGUCGUGCAGGACCCGUGACCAGCCAAUGAGGCCCUACCUCAAAGAAAACCUCCCCAAAAGGUUGCACUUCGCCAACAACAAACGCAUAGAGAGAGGACACCUCUAUAUGGAGCAGGGAUGGCAGGCUGCACUUAACUCUCAGGAAGUCAAGUACUGCACCGGUGGAUUCCACGGCUCAGAUAACCUCUUUACUAACAUGCAGGCGAUCUUCAUUGGCUACGGUCCAGCAUUUAAAGAAAACACUGUUGUGCCCCCUUUUGAAAACAUUGAAAUAUAUAACCUCAUGUGUGAUCUUCUCAGUAUUCGCCCUGCUCCAAACAACGGGACUCACGGCAGUCUGAACCACCUUCUGAAGCGUCCUGUCCACCUGCCAGUUCACCCAGCGCAGCUCUCCCAUGACACCCCCUGUGAGGCCAGUGAACUCAUCCCUGUUAACGAUCUGCAGUGCACCUGUACAUCCCAAACCAAGGCAAUGGAGGUAAAUAUGAACAGAGAUCUCCAGACAACUAAUUCCAGUGUUAAAGCCAGCUUACGUCGCCUCCAUCAUCCCUUUGGCACCCCUCGAGUCAUCCAACCAGACGCCACUUUUUGUCUUCUCCACCAAUCCAACUACCUCAGUGGAUACAGCAAAGACCACCUGAUGCCCCUGUGGGUGUCGUACACCAUCCAGCCUCUGACCAGAGUCCGACCCCUGAGUCCAGAGUUGGAGGAGUGUGUUCGUGCUGACGUACGCAUCCCACCGGCCGCCAGCCAGCUGUGUGUGCGCUACAGAAACAACCCCGCUCUGUCCUUCGGCCUGUUGCAUCCCCCCAAUCUGAGUGCCGAGGGAGCCGAGGCAGACUCUCUAAUCACGAGCAACAUGGCACCAAUGUUCCCUGCAUUUAAAGAUGUUUGGACCCAUUUCCAUGAUGUCCUGCUUCCAAAAUAUUCACAGCAGCUGAACGGAGUUAACGUCAUGAGUGGGCCGAUAUUCGAUAAAGACUAUGAUGGAAACGUUGAUGCACUCAAAGCAAUCUCAGGGAAUGAAGCUCCCAUCCCGACACAUUUCUACGUGAUCCUGACCAGCUGUGGGAACCCGACCUUCAGUCCUGUUAACUGUGAGGGUCCCCUGCGGGCCAAGUCCUUCAUCCUGCCCCACAGACCUGACCACAGUGAGAGCUGUGCUAACGGCUCCAACCUGACCUCCUGGGUGGAUGAUUGGCUGCAAUUUCACACGGCGCGAGUCCGAGACAUCGAGGUCCUGGCCGGGCUCAGUUUCUACCACGAUAGGCUAUCAGUGGAAGAGACGCUACAGCUCAAGACGUUUCUACAGACUGCUUAAAAUCAGAGACAAUAUCCAAUGGACCUUUAAUUUCCAAAGAAAGCUAUAUUGGUCUGCACAACUGGCCUCAGUCCACAUGAACACAUUCAUAAAGGUUUUGUGUGUUCAAACCCCAUUGAUCCCAACAUUAAGUUCCAUCCAGGUUUUUUGUGAUAUGUCUGAUUCCCCAAAAUGUGUAAAAUUAGUCAAUGUGUGAUAGCUGUAUAUUUGUUUUUAAUGAUGUUUUUAUAAAUGAUUUUAUAGAGAAAAGUUUUAUAAAGACAGUUUUAUCAAUGCAGCUGCACCAAAGACAUUGAGUGGCUCCAAAGUAUUUCCUCUGAUGAGAAUAAAGUAAAAGGGAAAAAAAACUUUUAUUGCUGAAAGAUCUUUUUAUACUGGGAUUGCUUUUAUUGGCAGGGGCUCUUCAAGAAACACGUGGCAAUCUGGAAACAAUUGUUUCUGCUGCAACACAUCUGGAGAGCAGCCAGAAAAACACCCAACAUGAAAAGUUUUGCUGUAGAAAAAUAAAAGUUUCACCUGCCAGAUGUUGUCAUUGUGUGUUUAUGGUUGUUAUUUUUCUAUUUUCUUUAUACAGCACCAAUGUUUAGUAUUUUAGACAUUUUUGGUUUUGUUAAUGACAUUUUGGAGAUAAUUAUUCAAUGUUUGAGUGUGUAUGUGUGUGCGUACUGUAUGUUUACUGUAUGGGUGGAUGGAUUAUGAGAAACUGGGCACAGACAUGUAAAAGGCCCCCCACCUAUCCUACAUAGAAGCAAGACAUCUAGACUAAAAGAGACAAAAUGUUCUACAAACAAUAAUAAAUGUCUUUGUGUCUUUCUAUGGUUGUCUUGCAUCUUUGAAGUUCUUUUGCGCCCCUUUGGAUUUGUAAUCAUUUUUGAUCUCUUAUUGGUUAUUUUGUGUCUUUUUGUGGUCAUUUUGCAUUUCUUUUUGGUUGUUUUACAUCGUUUUAUGGUCAGUUUACAUCUCUCUGUAGUCUUUUUGCAUCUCUAGUUGCAUUUUGCAUUGUGUUGUCAUUUUGUAUCUCUUCAUGGUCGUUAUGCUUUUAGUGACAUUCUGCAGGUGAAGCAAAACUGUCAGGUGUGGCUGUUGGUCGAAAAAUUGAUAAAGAGAGGCUGUCUGUGCCCAGUAUUCAGUAAUUCAUCAUGCCUCGUUUGUGUAAAUGUGUGUGGGUAGUUGAAAAUUAUUUCUGAGAUGAACAGUUUUUGUUCAGUCCUUUUGUCUUUGCUCUUCACAGCAACUGUCUGGAAGUUAAGGAUGGCAGGUAAUUUAUGAAAAACAAAAAUGGCAAUGUUGGUCAAAUACACAAUUUCAAAUAAAAACUCUUCUACACUGAA